GAAGAGUAACAAGACCUUGCCAUGGCGAGUUUGUAGAAUUUCCUCGGUCGCGGACUGGUCAACGUGACUCGACGAGGUAUUCCUUUAUAUCCAUGGGAUCACGCGCCGAAUAUCUUGGAGUUUGUAUGCACCGACGAACUCGAGCUGCAAAGACGACGAUCCAAAGGGAGCCAGCCCAGUAACGUACCUGGUUCCAUGCCGGCAGCAGCCGUCGUCAGCCCCGCUUCCGCGGCCAAGCGGCACCGCCUUGAGCCAGUCAAGUCCAAGAGCUGCGCCAAGGAGAUCGUGGAUCAGGAAGUCGAACUACUCGGAUGCGGGUUCUUCCACACGCGCAUGGCCAUGAUCCUCGGCCUUGGUAACUCGGCCGAUGCGGUGGAGAUCCUGUCCAUGGGGUACAUCAUUGGGUCGUUCGAGAGCCCGAUCGAGCCAUGGGAGUCGAGUCUUGUGACGUCGGCAGUGUUUCUCGGCAUGUUCUUCGGUGGCAUCGUUGGUACUAUCAUGGGAGACAAGUGCAGUCGUCGCUUGCUCAUGAUGGCGUGUCUCGCGGUCAACGGCGUGUCUGGUCUUUGUGCUGCGUUGAGCCCCACUGUGCUGUGGAUGAGUUUCUUCCGCUUCAUUGCAGGUGUCGGCAUUGGCGGUAUCGCCCCCAUGUUGUUCGCCGUGUGUCUCGAACACGUGCCGGCCAGUGCGCGGGGCAAGUACAUCACAGUCAUCUCGGCGUUCUGGAUGGUGGGCUCGAUCUUCACGGCUUUGCUGGCGUGGGUUAUGUUGGGCUGCUACUGGGGCACGACGAUUCGCAUCAUGAAUGUUUCGUGGCGGGCGUUCAGUGUCGCCGCCUCGAUGCCCGCGUUCUUGACGUGCGGGCUCAUUUACUUGUUCGUGCCGGAGAGCCCUCGGUUUCUCGUUGCCAAGGGCAAGUACCAGGAAGCGUCCGACACCCUCACGUUGAUUUAUGCGAUCAACGGGCGAUCGCGUCUUCCCGACUUCAGCGGCCCGGAUGGCCACGAGUGGGUGGACGAGCAAUCGAGCACCCGCCUCCUCACGGCGCGCCACGACUCGAUGCAAUGGACCGACCGGCUCCUCCUCAUGUUCGACUCGCAACCAUCCGUCGUCAACUUGAAGCGGACUACGAUCUUGCUGCUCACGUCGACAUUUUGCCUGAGCUUUGGCUCGUAUGGGAUUUCGACGUGGGUGACGCGGGUUUUUCAGUCCAUGAAUGUGCACAACCCGUACGCGAACGACAUCUUGUAUGCGGUGGCGGCGCUGCCGGGCAACAUCGUUGGGCUGUACCUGGUCGACUCGUGGGGUCGCAAGCCCUUGUUCGCGUGGACGCUGUUCUUGUCUGCCCUGUGCGGCAUCUUGUUUGCAGCGGAUGGCGGCGACAGCUCGACCUUUAUCGUGUUGAUUUGCUGCAUGUUCCAGUGCACGACGGCCAUGGCAUGGAUUGGAUACGAUGUCCUCUCGGCCGAAGUGUAUCCGCUGCACAUCCGUGUGUCGGCGCUGUGUUUUCUGAGCUCGACAGGUCGGUUUGGUGCAACGCUGGCCCAAGUCGUGAACGGGUUCCUCAUGGGCCCGCCGCCGCACAUUGAAGCGCUUCUCCUCAUCACGACGGUCGUCAUGGCGAUGGGUGGUGUGUCUGUGCUCUUCCUCGACGACAAUGUCGACAACCAGGGCGGCAUGAAGCAAAAAACGACCGACCAUGGCGAGUCCAUCCGACUGCUGGCAUAAGCAGCGACUCCACGACGCUGUCGACGACGACGCGACUACUAGACAUGAUUCUACAAACACGAUUCAGCUUGUCCAA